CGGACCGAAAAGUGGGCGUGGUCGUGCUAACAUCAGCCGCAGAUGUGUCGCUGCGUCUGCGGUUCCGUCCAGCGGAACCAUCCCACCGGAACCCUCGAGAGACGUCCCAGAACUAACCGAGUCGCACCGACUGCUUGGCGACAGGGCGUGGCCGAAGAAGAAGAGGGCCGGUGUCGAGAGGAAGCUAGGAGGGGUUGCUAGCCAGCUAGCUUGCUAAGUCACCAUGGAGACGGGCGGAGAGAAGAACCAGUGGCAGGAGGCCUCGGCCAAUGAGAGCGCUGCGUCUGGAACAAGUGCCCGCCCCUCUACCAUGAACUCCAUGUCUCUAUACGAAAGACAGGCCGUGCAGGCCCUGCAGGCGCUCCAGAGGCAGCCGCACGCCGCUCAGUACUUCCAGCAGCUGAUGCUGCAGCAGCACAUCAACAAGGCGCAGCUGCAGAACCUGGCGGCCGUGCAGCAGGCUAGUCUGGCUGUGGGUCGUCAGCCUGGCCCAUCCAGCGCCGGUCCCGCUCAGACCGCCAGCACCUCAGUAGCCAGUGUGACAUCUGGCUCCGCCUCCGCAGCCAGCAGCUGCCCCGUCGGCGUCUCAGCGACGACCACCAUCAGCCAGUCGGUGCUGCUGAGUGGGGGGCCUGGGGGACGGGGACAAAUGUAUCUGAGGGUCAACCGCUCCCUGAGAGCGCCCAUCUCCUCGCAGCUCAUCUUCAUGCCCGGGAACACGGCGAGCGCUGCUGUGGCGACCGUCCCUCAGCUGCCGCAGCCUCAGAAGCAGGAAGUAGUGACCACAUCCUCCUCCAGCUGUCAAACUGAUGGCGAUCAGGUGCAGAACCUGGCAGUUCGGGGCGUGUCCGGUCUGAAAGGUGUCAAGACUGAGAAGGGCGAUGCAGCUGCCUACUCACUGGUCCAGUCCACCCCCCAGUCUCCCAACAAAGCCGGUCAGCCUCAGCUGCCCCCCAUCAAAAUCCCCACCUACCCUCAGCCCACCAACCUCAAAGCACCCCCUCCUUCGUCCUCCUCUGGCUCUGCCUCCUCCUCCGUCCCUCUCUCGCAGCUUUUUCUUCACGGGACACGGACCCUCGCCACAGGGCCCGCCGCCUCCGCCACAGCACAUGCCCUGGUCCUCACAUCCACCGCGGCAUCGCAGGCCCGCGCGUACUCGGUCGGCAGGGCAACCAUCAAGCCGGCGGUCGCCGCUCAGACUUUAGUGGUGCAGCCUCUGCAGAAGAGCUCGCUGGGCGGGGACAAACUGGGUCACGGCAACGGUCCCGUCCCCAUCCAGCCUAAAACGCUGCAGGGUCUGCGCCUGCCUCUGCAGCUGCCUUCCAGAAACCCCCUUCCCAUCAUGCCGGCUCCGCCGCCAGCCAGCGGCUCCACCCAGACGCCGCACAUACCCAUACAGAUCGUGGGCGCCAGGCAGAGCACGCUGGGAAGCGGCCAGGCGUUAGCCUUAGCCCGGGGGGGCUGCAACCAGGAAGGGGCCGCCAUCCUUGCCAGCUCAUCCAGCCUGCUCACCGUGGUGGCAUCCAUCGCCUCUAGAGAGGGCGGGGUCAUUGGUGCAGGGGUGGGCGUGAAGGCACCGUCCCAAGAGACCCCCCCAGUCCCGCUGGCCUCCAAGGUUUGUGCCAAUCAGAGUCAGAAUGGACCCCUCGCUGUAAGCCCCGCCUCCUGUCAGUCUGCUACAGUCUCCUCUCCUGCCUCCUUGCCGCCCCGUGCCCCCCUCCCCCUGCCGACCAAUGGCGACUCAGCGGCCAGUCCGACGGCGCAGGUAAAACAUGCGAGCGGCUCACUCAAACGCAAGUUGGAGGAAGAUGGCCCCUCCCCCCUGCAGUUGCUGCCCAUUAGAGGUGGCGCCUCGGCGCUCACCGGUGUUUCCAUGGAAACAGUCUCCGCCCCUCCUCCGGCCUCCCCCUCCCUGCCGGUGUCGCGGGGGGCCCGCGGUCGUAUAGAGAAGGCUCCUCCACCUCAAGCCGUGGUCAAACCGCACGUCCUCACGCACCUCAUUGAGGGCUUUGUCAUCCAGGAAGGGGCGGAGCCUUUCCCCGUGUGUAGACCAAUCAAAGACUCAGCAGAGGAGGACGAGUCCGUUGCCAUGGAAACGGUGUUGGAGUGCGAGUACUGUAAGAAGUUAGCCCCCGCCAGCCAGUUUGGGGGAAGUAAAAGGUUCUGCUCCUUGUUGUGUGCAAAGAGGUACAACGUCAGCUUCAGGCAGCCUCUUAGAAUGCGGCAGGCCCGGGACCGCAACCCACUUCUCCGUCAAGGUCACCGGUCCCGCUUGGACGAUGAAGGAGGCGUGGCCAGGAGGAGGGUUCCUCGCAGGACCAGCUCGGAGAUAGCCAGCGCCAAGAUAGCGGGAAGGCCGCUUCCUGUCACGCGCCGCUCCAAGUCCAGCCGCUCAGACACGGAGUCCAGCGGCGAGGAGGAUGAGGACGACAUCGUGUCUCCCUCGCCCGCCUCCUCAGCCUCCUGCCACGCCAAGGAGACUUCCACCCUCACCAGUCCGCCUUCAAGCCCCGCCCACUGGAGUGUUGACCAAGUGUCGCAGUUUAUUUCGUCGUUACAAGGUGCGGUUGCGUCGUCUCUCACUGACGGUGUGCCCCGCCCCUUUUCUCCUAAUCUCCUCCUCCCUGCAGGCUGCGAGGAGCUGGCCUCCCACUUCCUGUCGCAGGAGAUUGACGGACAGGCCCUGCUGCUGCUGAAGGAGGAGCACCUCGUGUCCACCAUGAACAUCAAGCUGGGCCCCGCCCUCAAGAUCUGCGCUCACAUCAACAACCUGCGGGACUGAGGCUGCCCCCGCGUGGAGGUACCCGACCUGUCCUGUGUGGCUUUUUUUGCUCCUUCCUUCACAGUGGAGUCCUCUUCACCAAAAGUUGGACAGAAGCAAGGAGGACCAGCGGAGUUGUAUCAUUUCUUCAUGAGUGCUUCUGUCUUUGGUCCAUUUGGACGGCACCACGUCCUCGGUGUUGCCUUGCGUCUCACUGGACAGAAAUCACCGAGGCCAACCUGAAAAGGUUCUCGCACAUCCCAGGAGUCUGGUUUUGGACUCUUGAUUGUCCAGAACGCAUUUUUACCUGAUCCGGACUUGGACGUGAUCAUGUCGGUCUAAACAAGCACUUGGACCUGAAGCCGCACACGCGUGUGCGCACGUGUCCACGCCAGCGUUGUGUGUAAUGUGUGUGUUCGUAUUUAACUCACGUGUUCUGUUUGGACCUUGACGACUUCAUGGACCUUUCUAUCCGGCCUGACGUUGGUCAAGGACGUUAUCACGUAGCAGCACUCGGUACUUCUAGAAGCUUCUUGGGUGGGCCAUCAUCAGGUGUGUUUAUUUAUUCCAAAGCACUUAGCCACGUAAGAAACACCAAAUGCUAACAGGGAAAGUGAAACGAAUAAAACACGAAGGAUUUCCUUGAAAGGAAGCCGACUGCUGCUUUUUAUAGCGCUGUGCCGUUGCCAUGGAUACAAGGCUUUUCUUCCAAAUGCUUGGAUGCAGGCUGUUUUUCAGAGAGAAGUCGCCUAUUGUUUGUGCUGCUACACUUGAAACAGCGACCCCCCCGCCUACAUGUGGACGAACAAGGCGGCAACAAGACGAAGAGAAAAAGUUGUAAUUUUACGAGAAUAAAAUAAUAGUAACGCAAAUUAAAAUAAGCAGAUUUCAGUAGCAUAAAGUUGAAAUAUCAAAGGAAAAACAUGUUUUAAGUUGUAAUAUUAUGAGAAACAAGCCAAACUAAAUAAAGGUGGAAUUUUUGGAAAACGUUCAAAUGUUACAAGAAAAAGUCAAACUAUUGUGUGAAUAGAGACGUCAUUCAAAAAGACAAAGUUUCAGUAGUUGGGGAAAACAGCUGAACUUUAGGAGAAUAAAGUCCAAAUAUGACACGAGAAAAGUCGUCAAUAAACUUGUAAUAUUGUGAGGGACUUUUAGUAGCAAACAAAGAAAACACAAGUUAUUUUUAAACACGUGAUAUGACAAACAAACAAAAAAACCUAAUCAAAGUUUUGGGGAAAAUUCGGUUGCAGAAAAAGUCCAAAUAUUAUGAGAAUAAAGUCAUGAUUACGAGAAGAACUUUUAGAAGAAGUUGAAGUUGUUGGGGGGGUGAAACCCAGCAGAAAUGGGAAAAAACAGCUGAAACUUUACGAGAAUGAAGUCCAAAGUAUUACAAGAGAAAAGUCGCAUUCUAACGAGGAGUCGUGCUGUCAUUAUUGAGACUUCCUCCUCCUGGUAAACCUGUCUCACCCCCCCCAACACCCCUUCCAGUGGGCAAGGCAACCACGUGGACAACAGUAAGGAUUGGAUUUUUUAUUCUUGUGAGUAAGUGUUUUUAUCAGUGUACUUGAUGUGCCGUGCGUGUGUUCUGUGUACGUUAUGAGUGACUUAGGUGGUAAUUUGGGUUAGAAGUUCCGAUUUACACGCAAGUUGACGAUCGCUGUUGUAGAAACGGAGGACCUCGUGCAUAUACGUAGUCUACUUAAAGACAAAGCAUUGUGGUAU